AUGUUCUAUGAUUCUUUUCCAAUAAAUACGAGUAUUCAUCAUACUGCAAUUAUAUUGACAAAAACACCUUCAAUCAAAGUUUUAAAACAUUUAAAUGCUUUAUUGAAUGUUGGUAUUGAUGCUUUUGUUAUGUGUGAUCAAGAUCCAUCCAACUUUAAUAAUUCGACAAAUCGUAUUUUAUAUAUCAGUGAUGAACAGCUUGCUCUCUAUGGCUUAACUAGAAAUCGUGUUUGGGAUAGAGUAUUUGUUUGGCUGUAUAAUCAAAGUUCGAUAGAUUACGUCUGGCUUAUGGAAGAGGAUGUUACAUGGAGUAAUGUACGUUAUAUGGUAAAAUUAUUCAAUGUAUACGCAAACAAUCCAGCGGAUCUUUUAUCAAGAAAUAUCAUCUAUAGAAAUAAACAUACACUUGGUUGGAUGUGGUGGCCAACAACAUCAUUAAAAUUAUUUCCUGAAAAAAAAUGGUCUGGUUCACUAAAUAUGCUUUCACGUGUAUCACGUCGACUAAUAAAAGCUCAUCAAUAUUAUACUCUUCAAUUAUUAAAUGAAACAAAACAAAACAAUGCAAGCAAAAUCGAUAGUAAUUACUAUUAUCAAGAAUUUUUCAUUCCAACUGUUGCAAAUAUGUUUAAUUUAAAAAUGCUUAUCUAUGAUCAUUCCCUAAUGGAAGUUCAUGUGUCGUCACUUACUGAAAAUGAUAUUCGUACAUUAUUAGCUAAGGGCAAACAUAUAUUUCAUGCUGUUAAACAUGAUAGUCAACUAUUAAUCAAUGCUACUCAAUAUUAG